AUGUUUAUGGAAAUUGUGGAAAAGUAUGUUCCUAAAAUUGAAAUUAGGAACUCAAAUAGCACUCCAUGGAUUGACCAGGAUGUAAUUCGUCUUCUUCGAAAGAAGGACAAACAAAGGCGUGUCGCAAACAAAAGCUUUGACAACGAGGAUGUAAAUAAGUAUAAGCAAUUGCGUAAAGAAGCCAAACAACUUAUCGAAGCUAAGUAUACUGAAUAUUUAAACAACAUGCGUAUGUCUAUAAAAGAGAACCCCAAACGAUUCUGGUCGUUUGUAAGAGCUAAAUCUGCGAAGCCUGGUAUACCGGAGUUUGUCAACUUUUCCAACGUGUUUGCUUCGACCCCUGUCGAUAAAGCUAAUUUGUUUAACGUUUAUUUUCAGUCUGUUUUUACAGCGACUGAUAAUGUAUGCAGUAAUAAUGACUAUGCAAAUUUAGACUCCCACACAUCAUUAACAAACAUCACGCUAUCUGAAAACGAAGUGCUUAACUGCCUACAGAAUAUUAAUGUCUCGAAGGCAAGUGGUCCGGAUGGUAUACCAGGAAGACUUUUAAAAGCUAUUGCAACCGAGAUAACACCAUCCCUGACUAAAGUUUUUAACUUAUCGUUGUGUUCUGGAAAAGUGCCUUCAGCAUGGAAAACAGCUCUUAUAACUCCAAUUCUAAAAGAGGGUAAUCCCCAUGUAGUGACAAAUUAUAGACCCAUUUCCCUCUUAUCGAUUUUGUCGAAAGUCUUGGAGAGAUGUAUAUACAAUCAUUGUUACGAGUUUAUACAACAUAAACUAACCUUCUAUCAACAUGGUUUCGUUCAAGGCAGAAAUUGUGUUACCCAGCUCGUCCGAUUUUAUCAUAAAAUCCUUGAGGCUUUAGAUAAUGGGCAUGAGGUUGAUACAAUUUACUUAGAUUUUUCGAAGGCCUUUGAUCGAAUCUCACAUCGUCCACUUCUUGACAAAUUGAAACGUCAUGGCUUUGGAGGGACACUUCAUGACUGGUUUGCGGACUAUAUUACUGCAAGAUCCCAAAAAGUUGUAAUAGACGGUGCCUGCUCAGAUCUACUAAGUGUUACAUCAGGGGUACCCCAAGGGUCUAUUCUGGGGCCUCUAUUGUUUGUACUCUAUAUUAACGAUCUUCCGGAGUGCAUACAUAAGCCAACAGAUAUUGCGCUAUUUGCAGAUGAUUCAAAGGUGUCUCAGAUAAUUGGGAGUUCCAAUGACGAUAUUAACCUCCAAUGCAACUUAAAUCGAUUACAUUCCUGGAGCAUUGAAUGGUACAUGGAUUUCAAUGUUACAAAAUGUAAAACAAUGCGAAUUACGAGAAAGAAAACUCCCAGGUUGGAAACUGAUUAUACCAUUGAUAACAACUGGCUAGAAAGAGUAACCUACAUCCGAGAUCUUGGAAUCAACGUCACCAGUGAUCUAAAGUGGGCUACUCAUAUUUCCGAAAUAACUUCAAAGGCAAAUAGGACACUUGGACUAGUGAAGAGAACAUGUGUGGAUCUAAAGGACUUAAAGACCAGAAGGUUACUUUACUGUACAUUAGUUCGCCCAUUAUUAGAGUAUGGAAGUGAAUUAUGGUCUCCCUAUGAAAAAAAAUACAUUGCACUAAUUGAAAAUGUCCAACGUAGAGCCACCAAAUUUAUACUAAACUAUCCAAAGGACACUGAUUACAAAAGUAGAAUGAUUAUGCUCGAUCUCCUUCCACUUGAGUCUCGUCGGCAAAUGAAGGACUUAAUAUUUCUCUUUAAACUCAAGAAUGGGUUAUAUAGUCUUGACUUUGAGGAAUAUGCCGAGAAUGUUCAGAUGAAGCCUCAAUCUGGUUAUAAUUUAAGAAAUUCUCAUCAAGAUAAUUUUUCUGAAUUUAGGUAUAGAACAAACUAUUUUGGUUAUUCAUAUUUUCCUAGAGCUAUACGCUCAUGGAACAGUCUACCUCCUACUUUAAAAACUAUUGCAAGAAUAAGUACUUUUAAAACUGCAUUAAAGGAACUCUACUCUUUGAGACUGGUAGAUAGUAGUGACUUUUAA